UUUAAUUUGACAAUAAAAUCAUUCCCGCCAUUUUGUCAAAUGGUCGUCUGUUUUCUAUGUUUUGUACAGGAUUGUCUAAGGACUGUUUUUAUUUUAUAUAGUGGCAUUUUUGCCGCUUAGUAAAAUAAUAUAAAUAAUGUACAUCAAACAGGUUAUUAUUCAAGGUUUCAGAAGUUAUCGGGAACAAACUGUAGUUGAACCAUUUAGUCCAAGACACAAUGUUAUUGUAGGAAGAAAUGGCUCUGGAAAAAGCAACUUUUUUUAUGCUAUUCAGUUUGUUCUUAGUGAUGAGUUUUCUCAUUUAAGACCUGAACAACGACAAGCUCUUCUUCAUGAGGGUACUGGACCAAGAGUUCUUAAUGCAUAUGUUGAAAUUAUCUUUGAUAAUACAGAUAACAGACUCCCAAUUGAUAAGGAAGAAGUGUCACUCAGAAGAGUUAUUGGUUCAAAGAAAGAUCAAUACUUUUUGAGUAAAAAAAUGGUUACGAGAACAGAUGUGAUGAAUCUUUUAGAAAGUGCAGGAUUUUCCAGAAGUAAUCCUUAUUAUAUUGUAAAACAAGGAAAAAUAAAUCAAAUGGCAACUGCUCCUGAUUCUCAACGUUUAAAAUUGUUGAGAGAAGUUGCUGGAACUCGUGUUUAUGAUGAACGUCGUGAAGAAAGUAAAUCUAUUUUAAAAGAAACUGAAGGUAAGAGAGAAAAAAUAGAAGAUUUGUUAAAAUAUAUUGAAGAAAGAUUGAAAACACUUGAAGAAGAAAAAGAAGAAUUAAAAGAAUAUCAAAAAUGGGAUAAAAUGAGAAGAUCUCUUGAAUAUACUAUAUAUGAUCAUGACCUUAAGGAUACUAGAAAGAAAUUAGAAGAGCUAGAAACUAGAAGAGAAACAAGUAGUUCUGUCACUGAAAAAUUAAGAGAAAGUUUGCAAAAUGCUACAGAUCAAAUAAAAAAACUUAGUAAAGAACAUAGAGAUGUGAAAAGCAAGUCACAAGCUUUUCGUGAAGAAAAAGAAGCUUUAAGUCAAGAACAGUCUUCUUUGCUGAAAGAAAAAACACGACUUGAACUUACUAUCAAAGAUUUGCGUGAUGAAGUAGAAGGUGAUGAUAGUUCCAGGAAGCGUGCUGAAAGAGAAUUAGAUAGAUUGAAAGAAACCAUUUCACAAAAACUCACACAGUUGGAAGAGAUAAGGCCUCAGUAUGAAGCACAAAAAAAACGAGAAGAAGAAUGUACAAGAGAAUUGAGUUUAAAAGAACAGAAAAGGACUGAGUUGUAUGCAAAACAAGGUCGAGGAAGUCAAUUCACAUCAAAAGCUGAAAGAGAUAAAUGGAUUCAAAAAGAAUUAAAAUCUUUACAAAGAGCAAUUAAGGAUAAAAGAGAACAGAUUGAUCGUCUUCAGGAAGAUUUGCAGAAAGAUGUAGAGAAGAAAUCAAUGUUGGAACAAAAAAUUGAUGAAUUAACCAAAGAAUUAGAGAAUCACCGCAUCAGUAUUGAUAACCAAAAUAAAAAUUUUUAUGAAAUGAAAAAGAAGAAAGAUACACUUCAAAAUGAAAGAAAUGAAUUAUGGAGACAAGAAAAUGCAAUGCAACAAAAUUUGGCAAUGUUAAAAGAAGAAUUAUCAAAAAAAGACCAAGCCCUAAGAUCAAUGACAGGAAAGGCAACAUUGAAUGGAAGAGAUAGUGUUAAGAAAGUUCUUCAGACAUUUCGAGAAAGAGGGGGGACAUUUGAACAAAUAGCUAAUAAUUAUUAUGGAAUGUUGAUUGAAAAUUUUGACUGUGAUAAAACAAUAUACACAGCUGUAGAAGUUACAUCUGGAAACAAACUAUUUUAUCAUAUUGUGGAAAAUGAUAGAACUGGAACUAAAAUUCUUCAAGAAAUGAAUCGACAGCAGCUGCCAGGUGAAAUUACAUUCAUGCCUUUAAAUCGCUUAAUGUAUAAAGAUGUUCAAUAUCCUAAUACAAAUGAUGCAAUUCCAAUGAUAAGUAAAUUAACUUUUGAUAGUAGAUUUGAAAGAGCAAUGAAAUAUAUAUUUGGAAAAACAUUAAUAUGUCGCAACCUGGAAGUUGCUACACAGAUUGCACGAACUUCUAAUUUGGAUUGCAUUACGUUGGAUGGUGAUCAAGUUUCACAUAAAGGUGCUUUAACAGGAGGCUAUUUUGAUACUCGACGAUCUCGUUUGGAUUUACACAAAGUUCAUAUGCAGUUAAUGAAAGAAAUUACAGAUCAAGAAAGGCAGUUGAAUCAACAUAGAGAAACAUUAAGUUCUACUGAAAGCCAAAUCAAUCAAGUAGUCAGUGAUAUGCAGAAAGCAGAAACAAAAAACAGCAAAAAUAAAGACGUGUUUGAUAAAUUAAAGGCUGACAUAAGAUUAAUGAAGGAAGAGUUGACAGCACUGGAAAGAUCUCGUCAACCAAAAGAAAGAAGUUUGGCAAGUCUUGAUUCCAGUCUUAAAUCAAUGGAAUCAACUGAACAGUCCCUUCGCAAUGAAUUACAACAAGAAUUAUUGACACAACUAUCUGUUGCUGAUCAGCAAGAGGUUGAUAGAUUAAAUGAUGAUAUUAGAAGACUUACACAAGAAAAUAAAGAAGCAUUUAGUGAAAGAAUGAGACUGGAAGCUGAAAAAAAUAAAUUAGAAAAUCUAUUAAAUAACAAUUUAUACAGGAGAAAAGAAGAAUUGGAAGCGGUAAGCAUAAUAUUUUUUCUUAAUUCAUAUGAAUUAAAUAUUAUAAUAAUAAAAAUAGUUAAAUUUUAUGAAAGUAAUAACUGUGAUUUUAGGUGGUUUAUUUAAGUCUUAAAAAGAUAGUGUAAUGACACCAAUGAUUGAUGCUUUAAGGUAACAUAGUUAUAAAAGAACUUGUACAAUUUUAUUGUUUAAAGCUAAGACUGUAUUUUGUUUCCCUAUAAUACAUGAAAUUAUGCUUAUUUAGAAGAUACUUAAAAAUUAAAAAAAUCAUAAUUAAUUUUCUGCAAAAAAAAAUUGAUAAACAAACAACUAUAUUUUUUUCCAGUAAUUGACAGUUCACAACAUCACAGACAGCAUGUUAAACAACAACAUUUCCAAUUAAAAAGAUAUUUUUAUGAAUUAUGGCUUGAACCUACAUUUAAAAUAUAUAUGUGGAACAUGGAGAGAAAGUUACCUUUUUUAAAAUUAUAAUAAGAAUAUUCAGCUGUUGACUAGACAUUAUUACAAACUAGAGAAACUGUAGGCCUACUUGGGCUUCUUUAGUUAAUAUUGUAUCCAGAGAAGAAAAUGUUGAAAAUUAAUCCUUUAUGUCCCAGAUUUGUUUGGCUAAAAUUUUUAUAAUGUUUUUUGUGAUGAUAUUUCAGUGGUUCAGAAAUUUUCUCUGAACCACCGAAAUAUUGUUACAAUCAGACCAUACAUGAUUAGUGCCAAGAAACUUGUGUAUUUACAGAAGUUUCUUGGCACUAAUUAUGUGUCCAACAUAAUGAUUUUUAGCAUUCUUCACAGUUGAAAGCUCUGUUAACACCCACAUGCAAACCUGAAGACUGGUUUAUUCUGACAAAAUUGAUUUUCAGCUUUCAUUUCUUCUACAAGAUAAUGAAAACAGAUUUUACUGCUGCUACCAUGAAGUAUCAUCUUUGGUGUAAACUUUUCUCUGCUUUGCUCCUUAACAAAAAGUUAAGAUCUUCUAGCUUCACACACAAGUCACAACUAAAAUGGCUUUUAUUAUAUACAUCUCUCGAAUGUUCAAAACUGAACUACAUCAAAUCACUUGGUAAAACUAAAAAAUAACACUAGACUGUAUUAGCUGUCUUAAAAUUAAACUUAAAUCAUCAUUUACUAGAAAUUUUAGUGGUAUUUGUCAAUUACUGGGUUUAUGUCAAACACUGGUUCCAUUACCCUACGUGUCUAGUCAUAAUUUUUGAAAGUAAAGUUUUUAUUAAUGUACUUUAUGAAAAACACUUAGGUUUUAUUGUUUUAUAACUGCUGAUGUUCACAUAUCACUCA